AUGGGUAAAAACACAACUUCCAACCUCGAGGCAAAAAAGGCUAGAGCAUUAUGGGAUAAUAAUUCAAGCUGGACCACUACUUUUUGUAAUCUUUGUGUGGAACAGAUUCAACUUGGGAAUAGGAAUAAAGGUGCUGCCUUUAGUACCCUAGGUUGGACCAAUAUAGUGACCAAAUUUUGUGAUCAAACCGGUCAAAAUUAUGAUAGGGAGCAAUUAAAAAGUAGGUGGGAUGUGUUAAAAGGUGAUUGGAGAUUGUGGGAAAAAUUGAGGAUGCAUGACACAGGUUUAGGUUGGGAUACAGCGAAGGGAACAAUUCUUGCUCCUGAUGAUUGGUGGGACCGAAAGUUGAAGGAAUUACCCAAAGCUAAAAAAUUUCGAGAGAAAGGUCUACAGAAUCCAGAACAACUUGAUAUAAUGUUUAGGGAUGUUGCAGCAACUGGAGAAGCUGCAUGGACCCCUUCUUCAAAUACACUCCCUCCAACAAUGCCACAAGAGGGUGCUGGUGAUUCGGAUGGUAGCUCCGAAUUUAAAGAUAAUCAAUGUGACAUGAGUUUAGACAUUGAUAGUUUGCAACAAGGACAUACUAGUCAAUCACGUAGUUCAGGACUUAAGCGAACUAGUGAAUCAAUACCCUCACAGAAGAAAAAGAAGAAGAUAGGAGGAGCUGCAAUGUUAGACAAUCAUAUUAGUGAAUUAAUAACUGUAUGUAAGAAUAAGUCUGAAGGUACUUCUUAAGAGUCACCAAGUUCAGUUGAUAAUGUCAUGGCGAUUGUGAGAGCACUUCCUGGAGUGGAUAGUAGGUUUGUGGUUCAAGCUUCCUUAGCAUUACUAAAAAAGAUACAUAGGGAUAUGUUUCUAACUUUCAAGGAGCCAGAGUUACAGUUGGCGUACCUACAAGAAUUGAUUUCUUUGAAGCAAAAGAAGUGACCAACCUUAUGUGAUACUCUAUAUUAGCU